UAGGAUUUUGUGGGUCUUAAAGAUAAAAUUCUACUUCCUCAAAAAAAAAAUUGUUUUUCAAUUUCCUGUAAGUUUUUCAAAAAAUACUGAAAUACGUGUCUAAUCGAAUUAAACGUUCCACCCCAGUAUAAAUUUUUAAAGCCCCAACUGCCUUGCCUUAUGAUUUAUAAGUGGGGGGAAUUUUUCCAUAAUCUUCGACCUGUUUUCCCAGUGCGACAAGGUCCAAAUAUGGGCCAAUUUAUUAUAAUACGGUGUCGAAAAACCGAGAUAACAAUUUCUCUUUACUUUAAAAAAAACCCCAAGAGAAUCUCGCAACAAUUCCAAUAAAUCGUCGAUGAAUAACAAACAAACCAUGAGUGUAUAGUGACUACAUACACGGGGGGGACAUCGUGACUAAUACCCAUUCAAUUCUCAUUAACUAAACGCGCGCGGGUACCCAAUAAUAUACCGGACCUACUACUAUAUACUACAAUAGACCAGAGAGAUGAUGAUCAUAAUACAGAAAAUGUUGACAUUAAUUUUAAAAGUGCGCUCCGUUACGCUUCGCUUCUUUUUCUGUCUUUUACUCGGGCUCUAAACUCGACGUCGUCGGCGAACAAAAUGUUUUUUUAUUAACUUCAAUUGACGUUAAUUUCCGACCAUCCUGUGGGUGAUCAUUGGGGCUUCACCCUCCUCCUUUCGGGAGUGAAUCUGUUUUAAGUGCACCGCGAGAACUUGUGUGUGUGUUUGUGUGUGUUGUGAUAAAAGUGCACAAUUUUUUUUUAAGGAUACAAAAUGGAUUAUGGGGCUGUUAACAAUAGAUCGCAAUUUUCCGAGUUGGUUCGGUAUUCCCCAUCGAUGAUGACCACCGCAGGAACCCUGACCAUUUUCAUAAUGGUGAUAGGGGUGCUGGGCAACAUGCUCACCCUGGUGGCUCUACUUCGACAUUCCAAAAUAAGAACCGUGGCGGCCGCUUUCAUUGCCAGGUUAUACUUUUGCAGUUUGUGCCUCUCGGACUUACUGUUGUGCUUCUUAGUUCUUCCCUUCGCCGCAAGUCAGUUCUUCCAAGGUACCUGGAUCCACGGCGACGUAUUUUGCAAGAUGGUUCCUACAUUACGCUACGGCACCGUUGGGGUUUCUCUGCUCAGUAUCGCUAGUAUUUCAAUAAAUAGAUACAUUCUCAUAGCUUGGCCUCACGUGUACUCAAAAAUAUACACAAAAACCACCGUGAUCCUAUACAUAUCCGCCAUCUGGAUAUUCAGCUUCGGUCUUCAAGUUCCUACAUUAUUCGGUGUCUGGGGGAUGUUCGGCUUCGAUAAGAAACUGGGUACCUGUUCCAUCAUCCUGGACAAGAACGGCAGAUCAUCAAAAACCGCCCUUUUCGUCUUGGCGUUCGCCUUGCCGACGGUGAUAAUCGUAAUCUGCUACUCGAGCAUCUAUUGGACGGUCAGACAGUCGCACAAGCGGCUCGCGCAGCACAGUUCCGACGGCGGGAAAUUCAAAAAGAGCGAAAUGAAAAUCACCAAGAUGGUGCUGGUGAUUUUCAUUUGUUUCGUCGUGUGCUAUUUACCUAUUACGAUCGUUAAAAUAUUCGACGACAACGUGAGGAAGCCGCCGUUACACGUCUUGGGUUAUUUGUUGGUUUAUCUGGCCAGUUGUGUGAAUCCUGUCGUGUAUGUCACCAUGAACAAACAGUACAGGUAUGCCUAUCUGGAAACAUUAAAAUGUAAGUACAAUAGUAACCUGGACUCGAUUACGCCUGCUCCUACAGCCUCCAAGCCUCCCGCUAUUACUUUGGGUCAACUGAAGUACAACAGCAGUACGAAGAAUAGUGACGCUCGCCUAAAGUCGAUAAGUUAAAUUUCCAAAAGUCUCGUUAUUUUUUUCUAUAGUAUCUUUAGUUUAGUGUCGUUUAGUCUUUUGUUGUGACUAGAACUGAAAAUGUCGUCCUACUAAACUAAUAUUUGUUUAUUUGGGGAAUAUUGUUUGUUUAGUAGGGUCGUUCUUGCCAAAUAGUAUACGUUUCCUGAGUAUUGUUUAUUCUCUUAUAAGUAGGAUGGAUGUCUUUAUUGUUACUUUAUUAUGUUAAAGCCAAAGAUAUUGUUUUAAGCUUGUUAAGCAUGUAUCUAUUUAUAGUUGUUACCUUGUAUGAGAAUGGCUGGAUAGUCUACUGGACUUAAUCCCAUGUGCUUUUCACUUUCCACUUUACAUAACUUAAUGCUUAAGGUACUAUUCACACGUUGAACUCCCGAAACCAAUUCCUGGUUUAACGUGGUAUUAGGUUUAGCUUGUAAGUAUACUGUAUGACAAAAUGUAGCCAUAAUUUUUGUGAUAUCAAAGUAUUGUUACCAUUAUGAUCUAUAAUGUUUUUAUGGUUUAAUUCAAAGUGCUCAUUCCAAUGAGUUUCCUCUUUUUCUGAACCAAUGACGUCACACUACUAAUCAAGCAGGCCCGUGAAGCCAUUGCUUCAGAAUCAGACAAAUAUUGCGAACUGGGCACACUAGAUUGUUUAGUUUAUUUCAGCAAUAAUUAUUAUAUAUAUAUAGUGUGAAACAGAAUAUUUUUGUAAAUAGUGUACAUAUUGUUUUCUCUUAUAUUUAAGUUUAUUAAUUAGGCGACGUUUUGUACAACUCAAACCAAAUAUACAGAAAUGUAUUUCUUUUUAAA